UCCCUUCCUUGGUCCUAAAUAGAAUAUAUAGUAACCUGAACUCCACCUUGACGUUGAUGGACAUGUUUUUGAAGUUGAUUUGGCCAGGUGAAAGAUCUCCAAUUCAGCUUUUUGUCGUAUGUGACGGCGAAGUUGAGGUUUGCCGACGAAUACUGCAAUUAGAUGCGUCCUCCGACGGGCUCUUUUCUUCACUCCCUCAUUUCGAUCAUGGUGGUAAGCAGCAGCCUUACCAUAUUUGAUUCCAGUGGGCAACCUGGACUCUUCCCUUAUCCACCGCACUAUUCAUCCGGGAUCUUCACUUGGCAAUCGCCUUACUUUAUCGCUUCGACUGCACUGCUUACUUUUAUUCUGGUAGCUGGUAUCGCACGCUUCCUUCUCACCAAAGAUUACUUGGAUCAACGCAGAGUCUCUGCCAAUGGCAUCCUACUUGGCGGCCCCGAAACUUUCCGUAGAGCUUCUGCACUUACAAAGUUGCUCAUUGUGCUUUCACUUGUGGUGAUCGCCACACUUGUAGGCGAUACUGUGGUUAUUGUAGCACGCGCAUUGAUCGAUGGCCAUUGGACUUCCACCGUCUUGGCCUACUACAUUUUGAUGUCGUUUCUAGCUUGGAACCUACUGCUUGCUACCGCUGCUGAUGAAAACAGAAAGUUUCUCACCUGGAGCUGGGUUCAAUAUACCUUUUGGUUAGCCGCAGCAUUAACUGAAACGCUUAUUGCUUGGAUGUGGGCGAUCGGUAUUUUUAAACCACGAGAUGGAACGGUUUUUACAAAGUAUGACUACGCCAUGCUUGGUUUAUUCAUCAUCAGAUAUAUCACUGUGAUUACGAUUGGUGUACUUGCACUUGUACAUAUGUUCACUCAUAGAGGUACAACCGAUGAAACUAGAACUCCAUUGUUGGGACAAAGCACAGCUGGUUAUGGUGCCACUAAUGGAACUACUUCUAACGGCACGACUCCUGCGACUACCACAGAAAAGCCUGUCAGCGGCAUGCGUUACUUUUUUGUGAAGAUGCGAAAACUGUUACCUUUCAUGUGGCCAAAAACAAGCAGGACACUUCAGAUAUAUGUUGGAUUAUGCUUUUUAAUCCUUAUCCUUGGUAGAAUUGUCAACCUGUUAACUCCACUGCAAUUUGGUAUCGUGGUAGAAACCCUACAAAAUGUCAUCGAAGGAGGAGAGAGAUCCGCUGUUUGGCAAGCUAUUCUACUUUACACGGCACUCAAGGUGCUUCAAGGCGGAACCGGUCUACUUCAAUCCAUUCAGAGCUAUCUAUGGUUUCCCAUCAACCAGUACACUACCCGCGAAAUUUCUCUGGAAAUGUUUAGCCACUUGCACAACCUGUCCUUGCAAUUCCAUAUUAACCGCAAGACAGGUGAAGUUCUUCGAGUGAUGGACCGUGGAACCAACAGUAUUGUCCAACUCCUGUCGCAAAUUUUACUCUCCAUCUUCCCUACUUUGCUCGAUAUCGGAAUCGCUGUCAUAUUCUUUGCGCUAACAUUCACCUUCUCCUUUGGUCUGAUCGUAUUUACUACUAUGGCAAUCUAUAUUUACGUUACCAUUGCUAUUACCGAAUGGAGAACCAAGUUUAGAAGAGCCAUGAUCGACGCCGAUAAUGAUGUUCGCACCAAGGCUGUGGACUCUCUUCUCAAUUUCGAAACUGUCAAAUACUAUGGUGCCGAAGGAUACGAAUUAGAGCGAUACAGUAACGCAGUUGCCAAGUACCAGAAGGCUGACUGGAAGACGCUCAGCUCGUUGACAAUACUGAACUUGACCCAAAGCGUUGUUAUCACUUUGGGUUUGCUUGCCGGAAAUCUACUUUGUGCGUACGAGGUUACUCGAGGACGCAUGAGUUUGAAAGAAUUCAUCACCUUCAACACAUAUAUCAUGCAGCUAUAUACACCGCUCAACUUCUUUGGUACCUACUACCGUAUGAUCCAACAAAACUUUGUCGAUAUGGAAAAAAUGCUUGACUUAUUGGAGCAAGAGCAGACAGUCAAAGAUUUGCCUAAUGCAAAGGAGCUCACGGUCACUGAUGGACACGUCGUGUUUGAAAAUGUAUCCUUCGCCUAUGACGAAAGACAAACAGCACUUCGUAACAUAUCGUUCUCUAUUCCAAAGGGAGCCACUGUGGCAUUAGUGGGCCCCUCUGGAGGAGGAAAAUCCACCAUUCUACGUUUGCUAUUCAGAUUUUACGACACUCAGAGCGGUCGCAUAUUGAUUGAUGGCCAAGAUAUUUCAACUGUCAUGCAGCGAUCGCUUCGCAAGAACAUUGGUGUUGUACCUCAAGACACUGUGCUAUUCAAUGAUACUAUUCUAUACAAUAUUCAUUAUGGCGAUGUCAAUGCUAGCGAGGAUGAUGUGAUCAAAGCAGCAAAAGCAGCUCAGAUCCAUGACCGCAUUCUCAGUUUCCCCGAUGGCUAUGAAACCAAGGUCGGUGAACGAGGAUUGCGUCUCAGUGGAGGAGAAAAGCAACGUGUUGCAAUUGCAAGAACUAUUUUGAAGAACCCACCUAUCAUCUUACUCGAUGAGGCUACUAGUGCACUUGAUACAACGACCGAACGUCAAAUCCAGCGUGCAUUUGCUGAAAUGACUCAAGACCGCACAACGCUGGUCAUUGCUCAUCGCCUUUCAACCAUCGUCAAUGCGGACUUGAUCCUGGUCAUCAAGGAUGGCCAAGUUGUAGAGUCCGGAAGCCAUGAAGAACUGAUAAGUCAAGCGAUUGCUACAGGAGAACAAGGUGUAUACUAUGAGAUGUGGCAAAAGCAGCUUAAGGAUGAAAACACUGAGACUACUGCCAACAACAGUGAAACAAAUUCGACAGUCGGCGAACCAUCGGAAGCGAAAGUUGACAAAAAUGUUGAAGUCAUCAUUCAUAAGCCGGACGAAAAUAACGCUGAGGUUGUCCCUGGCAAGACAUUUGCACAGGCAGCCGAAGAGGCGACAGAAGAAGCAGCUCCUGUCGUUAAUGAAGACCGUAAUACACCUGAAGAACCUGAAUCUCCCAAUACUGUAGAUGAUACACCAGAAAGCCCAAAUGAGGCAGCUGACGAAACGACUGAAGUCGAUACUACCGAAGCAUCCACUGUUGGGGACGACACAAACGUUGCAGAUUCAGCGGCUUCACCUGCCGGUCAGGCUAGCAAAGCUAAAAAAAAGAAGAAGAAGAAGUCAAAGAAGAACUGAGCAACAUCCGGGAGGGUCCAACUUGGACAUCAAAGCUAAACAUAUGUAGCAAUGUAAAAAGCUUCUGAUUUAAACACUGUUAUUGUUUUACCACAGAUAUACAAUGUCAAC